CCCAGGAGUCCCUGCAGAGCCAGUCUGGGUGGGUGCCACUCCUGCUGGCCCUGCUACACGAGUAUACAGCCAGCACCUCCUCCUGGCAGCCUUAUUUCUCCCUCUGGCAGGACUUCAGGAGCCUGGAUCAUCCCAUGUUCUGGCCUGAAGAAGAGCGAACGAGGCUCCUGCAGGGCACAGGCAUCCCCGAAGCUGUGGACAAGGACCUGGCCAACAUCCACCUGGAGUACAGCUCCAUUGUCCUGCCUUUCAUGAAGUCCCACCCCGACAUCUUUGACCCCAAGCUGCACACACUGGAGUUGUACAAGCAGCUGGUGGCAUUUGUCAUGGCCUACAGCUUUCAGGAGCCUUUGGCAGAGGAAGACGAAGACGAGAAGGGCCCCAAUCCUCCGAUGAUGGUGCCUGUAGCAGAUAUCUUGAAUCACGUGGCCAACCACAACGCCAACCUGGAGUACUCUCCCCAAUGUUUACGAAUGGUUACGACGCAGCCCGUCAGCAAAGGACAGGAGAUCUUCAACACCUACGGGCAGAUGGCCAACUGGCAGCUCCUGCACAUGUACGGCUUCGCCGAGCCCUACCCCGGCAACACCGACGACACGGCCGACAUCCAGAUGGUGACGGUGCGCCAGGCAGCGCUGCGGC